AUGUCAAGCUCCAAAUCCUUGAGCUUACACUGUGUAAACUCAAGAAUUUGGAACAUAACAAAAGCUGCUGAAUUUAAGGAUGUUCUUGCUGUUAUGGAAGAUUACUCCCCUGAGGAGCUUGGUGCCAAGCUUAAGGAGUAUGGGAUCACUGCUCCUGACACCAAGAACCUGCUCUCUGAUCCUUACCCGUUUAACUUGAUGUUUCAAACAUCCAUUGGCCCAUCUGGUUUGAUUCAUGGUUACAUGCGUCCUGAAACUGCACAAGGCAUAUUUGUGAAUUUUAAGGACUUGUAUUAUUAUGAUGGGAGGAAACUUCCUUUAGCUGCUGCUCAAAUUGGUCAAGCCUAUAGAAAUGAGCUUACUUUACUCGCAGAUAUCUCCUCGUCAGGAAUUAAGCACUUUGUCGAUCCUGAGAAUAAGUCCCAUCAUAAAUUCUCUGAUGUGUCAAUGUUGGAGUUCCUCAUACACGAACAAACUUCUGGCCAAUCUGCGAAGAGGCUUUGCAUUGGUGAAGCUGUUGCCAAGGGAACUGUGAACAACGAAACUCUAGGGUACUUCAUGGGAAGAUUUUAUAUGUUCCUUACCAGCCUUGGCAUAGACAAGGAAUGGCUGCGUUUCCGCAAGCAUCUACCAAAUGAAAUGGCCCACUAUGCACCAGAUUGCUGGGAUGCUAAAAUUGAAAGUUCAUAUCGAUGGAUUGAGUGUGUUGGGAUUGCAGAUUGGUCUGAUUACGACUUGGAUGUUCACUUCGAAAAAAGUGGUGUUGCUCUUGUGGCUGAAGAGAAAUAUGCAGAACCUAAAGAAGUAGAGAAACUUGUGAUUAAUCCUGUGAAGAAAGAGCUGGGUCUUGCAUUCAAGGGAAAUCAAAAUAAUGUAGGUGAGUCUUUGGAGGCGAUGAAUGAGGAAGAAGCUAUGGAGAUGAAAGCAGCCCUGGAAUCUAAAGGGGAAGUGGAGUUCUUCGUGUGUACCCUCAAGAAAAAUGUGAUCAUCAAGAAGAACAUGAAGAAAGAGCACCAGCGAGUGUUCACUCCUUCAGUGAUUGAGCCAUCGUUCGGGAUUGGUCAGAUCAUAUACUGUAUGUACGAGCAUUGUUUCAGCACAAGGCCAAGCAAAGCAUGGGACGAACAGCUGAACGUGUUCCGUUUCCCUCCUCUUGUAGCUCCCAUUAAGUGCAUGUUCGAGGAAGCAACCAAAGUGCUCUAUAAGGAACUCAUUUCGGUUAGCAUCUCACAUAAGAUUGACAUCACUGGUACAUCGAUAGGGAAAAGAUCUGCGAGAACAGAUGAGCUGGGAGUGCCAUUUGCAAUUACAGUGGACUCGGAUACAUCUGUGACAAUCAGAGAAAGAGACAGCAAAGACCAAGUACGAGUUAGCUUGAAUGAGGCAGCCUCUGUCGUGAGUUCAGUCGCGGAGGGGAGAUGA